AUGGCGCAGAGAUUUGGCGAUGCUUACUCCCAGCCCAGCGCCGGCGGUGAUGCGCCGCCAGCGCGCCAGCGUCGCAUGUCGAUGGAGGAGGACAUGUUCUACCGAAAUAUUAUGACCUCGCGGCCAGCGAAACCGCCAAGUUAUGAGACUGCCGUGAGAUCUGCUCUUGCUGCUCAGCGGAAGGCUCAGAGUGCUCCCCAAACGCAACAACCCGAGGAGGUGCUCCCGCCAUACUCGACCGACAUCCAGCUAGAGGGCGUGUUCAUGCGCAAGAUGGAAAUCGAGGAGACGACUAAGCGAGCUGAGUAUCGUGACUGGAGAAUGGUUUAUGUCGAGCUUCGGGGGACGAUGUUGAAUGUCUACUCAGUCAAGAAGGAAAGAGGAUGGUGGGCGUCAAAACAUGACGGCCCAGACAUCUCACCAGACAAUCCGCCCUGGGUGAAGAAAGGGUCAUUAGAGAGAGCUUACAGCCUGCUCUAUGCGGAUGCUGGCAUUGCUGCUGACUACAGGAAGCGGCGAUAUGUCAUCCGUAUGAGACUAGAGACAGACCAGUUCCUUUUAUCCUGCGUCGAGCUCAGUACUUUUGUUAAAUGGCUAGACGGGAUUUUUGCUGCCAUCAACAUAUCUGCGCCCAUCGACGAGCGCGACUUCCCGAGAGAUUUCAGCAUACCUCGCGUACAAAGGAUACGAUGGCUGCGCGGACAACGACCCCGGCCAGAAGACAGCAUAGGCUUUCAACGGUUGACCGAACAGCAACAACGAGAAAGCGAUGAAGACGACGACGAUGCAACCGAUGGUGGUGACGACGGUGGGGAACCGCCCGACCAGGGGGGAAAUACUGGAGGAGCUGCGAUCUACGGCCCGCGAACCGACCAUCCCAUCGUGGGCAGACUCUCGACAACGUCGUACCCCAAUGAGAAUAUCGAUCCUGAUACCGGCAAGUGGCGGCCACAACAUCACUGGACUCCGGUUCACGACCAGCUCUAUGCCCGUCUCUGCUACGCCGUCCUGCUGUUCAAGAGCCCACGAAAGAGCAAUUACAUCGUCAACCGGGGUAAGCGCUGGUACGUCGAUUGGGAGACGGGCAAAAUGGUGCGGGUUCUGCCGCCUGCCUAUGGCGAAGUCGACGUCAUGGGGCCAUGGCAGGUCAUUAGGGCCGAAAACAGGCUUCUUUAG